CGUGCAUGCAGAGGCCAAGAUGAAAAUUGAGUUUGCUCCGCGAUCUGUGCCGCUUCAGAGAAGGCUUCAGACAGCAGCAGUGGCUCAAUGGGUCUGCAGCUUCCUGGGUCUAGCGCAGUGCUGUGCUGCCAUCUUCAUCGCCCUCCUCUUCACUCGUUUUUGGCUGAUCAGUGCCCUCUAUGCUGCAUGGUGGUUCAUAGACAGGGAGAAGCCCAGCAAGGGCGGGCGGCGGAUCCACGUCUUCCGGAACUGCGCCGUUUGGAGGUACAUGAGGGACUAUUUCCCCGUCACGUUGGUGAAGACAGCAGAGCUGGACCCCCGGCAGAACUACCUGGUGGGAUUUCAUCCCCACGGAGUGCUGGCAACUGGAGCCUUCAUCAAUUUCUGCACAGAGGCAUCCGGCUUUUCCACACUCUUCCCAGGCAUCACCCCCCACCUGAUGUUGCUUUCCCUGUGGUUUCGCUUCCCGUUCUUCAGGGACUAUGUGAUGAGUGGAGGCCUCAUCCCUUCUGACAAGGAGAGUGCAUCCUACGUGCUGCAGAAGCCAGGGGGUGGGAACUUGCUGGCCAUCAUUGUUGGUGGGGCCCAGGAGGCUCUGGAUGCCCGUCCAGGAUCCUUCACCUUGCUGCUGAAGAACAGGAAGGGAUUUGUGCGCCUGGCCAUCCAGAAUGGCACCCCCCUGAUCCCUGCCUUUUCCUUUGGGGAGAAUGAUGUCUUUGAUCAGGUGAAGAAUCCCCAGGGCUCCUGGCUGCGGAGGAUUCAGCAUUUUCUCCAGCAGAUCAUGGGCAUCUCCCUUCCCCUCUUCCAUGCACGAGGCAUCUUCCAGUACAGCUUUGGGGUGAUUCCCUACCGGCGGCCCAUCUGCACUGUGGUUGGGAAGCCAAUUCCAGUGCAGAAGAAGCACAAACCCUCUGAUGAAGAAGUUGAUCAACUCCAUGAAAAAUACCUAAAAGAGUUGUCCGAGCUCUUUGAGAAGCACAAAGCUAAAUACAAUGUCCCAGAAGACAGCCACCUGGAAUUUAUAUAAGGUGCCUUAAGCAAGGUGAAACCAUGGAGACCAAGCUCCAAGUUUCCUCCUUCUCUGGAACUACUUCACAAC